GCCAGAUUGGCAGUGCCUGAUCUCUCCACAGGCUGGAUCUGGUCAGAGACCUGGUUCAGUGACCGGGAUGGACACAGAAGGACUCUACCCAGUGAUGCAGAACAGGCUAUCUCCUUUCCACCAGUCUUGGUCUUCACACAUCCACCCUCAACCAGAACAAGCAUGCUGAACAGAACUCCGCCAGAUCACAGGAUGUGGUCAGAGGGCAGAGCUACUGGUGAAUCACAGGAGAUGCAUCACAGCAAAUUUGCUUUCCGGCCCACUUCUGGAGCAUGUAGGUGUGGGGCGUACAAGGGAGAGAGCAGCCUGUGGAGAGAAUUGAAUAUGUAUAUCGUUAAAGUACCUCGUAAUUUUCGCUUGUUGGAAGAACUUGAAGAAGGUCAAAAAGGAGUAGGCGAUGGUACAGUAAGCUGGGGACUUGAGGAUGAUGAAGAUAUGACGCUUACAAGGUGGACAGGCAUGAUUAUUGGGCCACCAAGGGUCAGUAUGACAAACUAUGAAAACAGAAUAUACAGUCUGAAAGUAGAGUGUGGACCUAAAUAUCCCGAAGCACCUCCAACAGUUAGAUUUGUAACUAAAAUUAAUAUGAAUGGAAUAAAUAAUUCCAAUGGAAUGGUGGAUGCACGUAGCAUACCAGUGUUAGCAAAAUGGCAAAAUUCUUAUAGCAUUAAAGUUGUACUUCAAGAGCUAAGACGUCUAAUGAUGUCCAAAGAAAAUAUGAAGCUUCCACAACCUCCAGAAGGACAAACUUACAGCAAUUAAUUUUAGCUGAUUCUCAAACUUCUGUCUUAAAACAACCUUCUACACAUGUUAAUGUCUUGAUUAAAUCUCACAAUGCAAACUACCCACACAUUAAAAGAAUUUCAGCUGGUAUACAUGACCUGGACAUUUGUAAGAAUAUAUAUAUAAUAUAUGUAUGCCCAAUAUGUUUUCAGGCACUAUGGGAGAAAAAAAAAAGGCAGCACAAUUUAUUUUUUCUCUUAUCAAGGCACUGUCAUUUAAGCAUAAGCCUGAAAUAGCCUAAAUUUGGAAUUCAAGUUUUACAAGAUGAAAGCAUGACAGAAAGUGUCAGGUUGCUGUGGCAUAAUGUAUGUUACUGAAAAUUAAUUUCUCAAGAAAGAACAAUAUAAAUGGCAUGCUUUAUCCAUCUUGCUUAGUAAAAGAGCUGCAGUUAAAAUUGUUUUGAAGUAGCAGGUACAGUGAAUACCAUUGCUCAUCUUGUUUAAUUUUUGCAAAGGUGUGGGUGCCGACUACUAGUAAUGUCACGAAGUAUGUUCAGGAUUGUUUUGAUACCUGUAUUUAUAAAAGGGGGGAUGUAUUUCUGUUAAGCAGCUCCUGUGUGUUACAUGUAACGGACAUGGCAAAUAUUUGUUUACAGUCUUUGUUCUAAUAAACCAUGCAUUUAAGUUUUAGUGAAACAAAGGAAAUGUAUGGAUAUGUGAUUGAGAUUAAAGUUAGUCUUAAAAUGUAAAUAAAAUGUGGAAAGUGUCCUCUGAGACUGUGCCAUUUCUAUAAUAGUGGUGUAAUAUGUGCACAAUAAAUUAUACAGGUAGCAGAAAGUUAAAUCUAUGUAGUUGCUGGUCUACAGGCAUCUUUUAUUCUUACUAGUGUUUUUGUAUGCUUAUUUAGCUUGAUAAAUGGAGGUAGUAAGCUUUUACAGAAGAGCAGAUUCUAUAAUCUGCGGUAUUGUUUGGAUAAAUUUCAUGGUUUGAAAAACUUUAUUUUUCUCCAGGAAGUCAUUCUAGAAAUGACAUUAAGUAGACCACUUAGUUUAUAUGACAUUUAGGCACUGUCUAAAGUGGGUUGCUUAAUUUUGUCCUGUUUCUGAGCCUUUCUUUUACCUUCUCUCCUUGUAAUUAUUAGUGUAUUCUGUUGUUACCUUAGCUCUUCCCUGACCUGUUGUUUUCCUUGCAGUUUCUUUAUGCUUUUUCUUUUUCUUUAGACUUGUUUUCUUUUUUCUUUUGCCUCACUCUCUUCCUCACAUAAAUGAGACUCGGGUCUCAUGGCCUUUUUGAAAGGAACUUAUACCACUGCUUUGAGCUGUGUGAACCUGCUAUACUCAUCUGUCUGCAUUUCAUGCCUCAAGUGCUGGUGCACAGUCUCACUGACUAGAAUGAAUUUGGCCACCCCAGGGAUUGUCAUUCUGAUUUUUCUUCUUCCUUUCCUGCUGUGUUGAGUAGUGACAGCCAUAGUUUUAAUUCUGUUAGCUGAUUUCUCAGAAAAGAGCUGCUCUUGCCAUCCGACUGGCAAUAAGACACUUUAAUGACUUGUGUAGCAAAUGCAAAUGUUGUCCAUUUCAAUGGAAAAAUUGUAAUCUUGAGAAUGGGUCAGUGGUUUGUCAUUCAAAACUUCAUCAGUAGUCCCCUUGGAACAAUGAAUAUAGGGAAAAAAGAAGCCCAUCAGAGGCCAGAAAACUUGGAUAUCUUCUGUAUUUGUAAUGUAAAGUAAGAAUCUUGAGCAAUAAAUGAGGUUUUAUUUUUAAUAGAAA